AAGCUAUUGAUCGUGACUGUAACUGAUGCACUGACUAAGUAAAAUUUUUGACGGAUUGCUGUAUGAGCUUUUGAAAUUCGCGAACUUAGAAAUAAACUUCAUUAUGCCUGAUUAUUUAGGUGAUGAUAUGAGAAAAACCAAAAGUGAUGAAAAAGAAGAAAAAGUUGAUGAUGUCAAAGCUCUGGAUGAAGGCGAUAUUGCUUUGUUGAAAACUUACGGAGUUGGACAGUAUAGCAAAGCUAUAAAGCAGGUUGAAGAUGACAUUCAGGGAAUUCUAAAAAAAGUGAAUGAAUUGACAGGCAUCAAAGAAUCUGACACGGGUCUUGCACCUCCAGCACUGUGGGAUCUUGCAGCAGAUAAACAGACCCUUCAAAAUGAGCAGCCAUUACAAGUAGCCAGAUGUACUAAAAUCAUAACCACAGAUUCUGAUGAACCAAAAUAUAUCAUAAAUGUAAAACAAUUUGCAAAAUUUGUGGUUGAUUUGGCAGAUUCAGUUGCUCCUACUGAUAUUGAAGAAGGAAUGCGUGUUGGAGUUGACAGGAACAAAUAUCAGAUCCACAUUCCACUUCCCCCUAAGAUUGACCCAACUGUCACAAUGAUGCAAGUAGAAGAAAAGCCAGAUGUCACAUAUAGCGAUGUUGGAGGUUGCAAAGAACAGAUUGAAAAACUGAGAGAAGUUGUAGAGACUCCACUAUUACAUCCUGAAAAAUUUGUAAAUCUUGGUAUUGAGCCCCCAAAAGGGGUUUUGCUCUUUGGACCUCCUGGUACUGGAAAAACAUUAUGCGCAAGAGCAGUUGCAAACCGAACAGAUGCCUGCUUUAUCCGAGUAAUUGGCUCCGAGUUGGUUCAGAAAUAUGUUGGUGAAGGUGCAAGAAUGGUUCGAGAACUAUUUGAAAUGGCUAGGAAUAAGAAAGCAUGUCUAAUUUUCUUUGAUGAAAUUGAUGCAAUUGGAGGUGCUAGGUUUGAUGAUGGGGCUGGAGGUGAUAAUGAGGUGCAAAGAACAAUGCUUGAGCUUAUCAAUCAACUUGACGGAUUUGAUCCCCGUGGUAACAUAAAAGUUUUGAUGGCCACAAACAGACCAGAUAUAUUGGAUCCUGCUCUGAUGCGACCUGGUAGAUUGGAUAGAAAGAUUGAAUUUGGCUUACCAGAUUUAGAAGGAAGAACACACAUUUUUAGAAUUCAUGCACGAUCAAUGAGUGUGGAACGAGAUAUCAGAUUUGAGCUGCUUGCUCGUCUAUGCCCGAACAGUACAGGGGCCGAAAUCCGAAGUGUCUGUACUGAAGCUGGGAUGUUUGCUAUAAGAGCGCGGCGUAAAAUUGCGACUGAAAAAGACUUUCUUGAAGCAAUAAACAAAGUCAUCAAAUCAUAUGCUAAAUUUAGUGCUACUCCUCGUUAUAUGACUUAUAAUUAGUUUUAAAGAGUUGUAUUUUGUGUGUGAUAUCAUAUGUAUCUCGAAAAAUAAAACAAACUUUCUGUAUUCAUGUUUUCUAUAAAA